CCAAUAAGGUAUCUACCUCUCUAUAUCUAUGGUAGGUGACCAUCAAACAAGUGAUAGAGCCGAUUCUAAACUCUUUAGAAAUUAUCUGGCAUAACCAAAUUACCUUAUUACGUCUCUGGUAUUACCACACCCACGUUGAGACUGUUCUGGGAUCGAUUAGUCAGACCUAGAACACAUAGACCAUAAACAACAGUGGAAAGAUUUCGUUUUACAAGUGAGACGUUUCUCAAGCAGCAUAUAUAGUUCUGGGCCUGCAAUAUGGAGAGGAAUACCUCGACUGUGUAUGCCAUACAUACUCUUGGGUAUCAUGGGAGGGCGUGUAUUAGCAAAUGUACGUGUGAUGAGCUUCCGUGUCCACUAAUCACAUGGCUGGUGUCAGAACUGAAAUCAUCUUCCCCUGAUGCUGAAAGGAAGACAAUCACUGGAACUGUUCUUGCAGGGGACCUGAGGGCAUUUCUUAAAGAGAUGUCCUGUCCAUACACUGCAUUAAUUUCAGAGACACUGACUCCAGCCAAUGUCAACCGUAUCACUGAAUUCCUGGUGUCAGAGCUACAAGCUGCUUACAUGAUUAUGUACAAAGAAAACCACCCAGAGGAUAUAGAAGUAUGUAGUGAAUCUGGGAAAGACAGAAGAGAGGAAAUACAAGAUGAAGCAGAGAUUGUGGGACAGAUUGAAUCAUUUGUAGAACAAGAUGAGAGACUGGAUGAGGAGACAGACAAAACCAAGAGGGAGUUGUCUCUACUCCUUGAGGCCCUACAUAUGGAUGCAUCUUCCAACCUUAUUGAUGUUCAGGAUCAGGUGAAAUCAUCUUUAACUCAGUUGCCAGGGGGUGAUAUUCCAAAGCCAUUGCUGAAUGCUGAACUGAAUUCUGAUCAGUGGAAACAGUUAAAAAAAAUGACUGAAGCUCUUGCUAAAGACUACAGAUGUCGGCGACAAAUGAUGAUCAAACGAUUUGAAGUCACUCUUCAGUCAUUUACCUGGGGGGAGAGGGGAAAGGAACGAGCACAAGUGGUGUCGUCUAUGCCUCCCCUCUUACUGUCAUCUGGUGACACCUGCGUGUCCCUCUCCCUACUGCUGGCAGCUAGAGAGGAUCAGUCACGAAUACUGCCGGUCAGGGCAGGACCCUCCACAGCAGUCCAUAAGGUCUUGAUGGGAGGCGUACCCGAUAGAGGUGGGAGACCUGGAGACCUGGAGCCCCCUAUGCCAGAUUGGAAGAGAGAGAGGGCACAUGGGGAUAAUUCACAAAGAAGAUUCAGACCCAGUAAGAAGAGUCGGAAAUAACAAAAAGGAAGGAAAGGCCAUUAUGUUUGAAAGGAGAAACAUUCCAAUUUAUGUUUAUGAUAAUAAUAAUGAGAUAUUUUUGACAAUAUAGUUAUGUUUAAAAUUAAGGAUUGUGCCAUGUACUUAAUGGUAGCUAAAAUCUCUCUUUUUGUUUGACAUGUCAGGGGACGUGAAGCAUUUUUUUUCUUAAAAUUUUCUUUGAAUUGACUACCAUUUUAUAUACAUUUCUUUAUUGUACAUUUCAAUUAAAUAUAUUGAUUGUA